AUGUUUGUACAAAGAUACGUCGUUGUGAAAGACGUGUCUGUAAAAGAAAGACUCUUUUCGGACAACUUAAUACAACCCCUAAAUAUUCGGAACAAUUCGAAGCUUAGAACUCUUGAAAGUCUUAAUAAUCUUGAUAAUCUUAAAAGUCCUGAAAGUCUUGAUAGUCUUGGAAGUCCUGAAAAUCUUAAUUACCUUGAUAAUCCUGAAAGUCCUGAAAGUCUUGGAAGUCUUGGUAGUCUUGAAAGUCUUGGAAGUCUUGGUAGUCUUGAAAGUCUUGGAAAUAUUGGAAGUUCUGAAAGUCUCGGAAAUAUUGAAAGUUCUGAAAGUCUUGAUAGUCUUGGAAGUCUUGAAAAUCUUAAUUACCUUGAUAAUCCUGAAAGUCUUGGAAGUUCUGAAAGUUUUGGAAAUAUUGGAAGUUCUGAAAGUCUUGGAAAUAUUGAAAGUUCUGAAAGUCUUGAUAGUCUUGGAAGUCUUGAAAAUCUGAAUUACCUUGAUAAUCCUAAAAGUCUUGAUAGUCUUGAUAGUCUUGGAAAUCCCGAAAGUCUUGGAAAUACUGAAAGUUGUGAAAGUCUUGAUAGUCUUGGAAGUCUUGAAAAUCUGAAUUAUCUUGAUAAUUCUGAAAGUCUUGAUAGUCUUGGAAGUCUUGAAAAUCUUAAUUACCUUGAUAAUCCUGAAAGUCUUGGAAGUCUUGAUAGUCUUGAUAGUCUUGGAAAUCCCGAAAGUCUUGGAAAUAUUGAAAGUUGUGAAAGUCUUGAUAGUCUUGGAAGUCUUGAAAAUCUGAAUUACCUUGAUAAUUCUGAAAGUCUUGAUAGUCUUGAAAGUCUAGAUAAUCUUGGAAGUCCCGAAAGUCUUGGGAAUAUUGGAAGUUCUGAAAGUCUUGAAAAUCUUAAUUAUCUCGAUAAUCUUGAAAGCCUUGAUAGUCUUGAUAGUCUUAGGUAG